UCGCCGUUGCCAGGGGAACCGGGGGCGGAGCGCUUCCCGGCGCAGUCUGCGCGCGCCGCGGCUGUCAUGGCGGAGAACGUCUGGAGUGCGGACACCGGGGAGGCAGUUUAUCGCUCCCGGGACCCUGUGCGCAAUCUGCGCAUCCGAGUCCACCUGCAAAGAAUCACAUCUAGCAACUUUCUCCAUUACCAGCCUGGAGCCCAGCCCGGGAAGGACCUCAUAGACUUGGCCACUUUUAGGCCUCACCCAAGCGCCAGUGGACACCGCCCAGAUGAAGAUGAAGAGGAGGAGGUGGUGAUUGGGUGGCAGGAGAAACUCUUUAGCCAGUUUGAAGUAGAUCUGUACCAAAAUGAAACAGCCUGUCAGAACCCUUUGGAUCAUCAGUACCGCCAAGAGAUCCUAAAACUGGAGGAUUCACAUGGCAGGAAGAACCGACGGAUCUUUACCUACACCGAUUCUGAUAGAUACACCAAUUUGGAGGAGCACUGUCAGAAAAUGACCACGGCAACUGAUGAGGUGCCCUCAUUCUUGGUCGAGCGAAUGGCCAAUGUCAGGCGGCGACGCCAGGACAGGCGAGGGAUGGAGGGUGGCAUCCUCAAGUCACGAAUCGUCACCUGGGAACCCUCAGAAGAGUUCGUCAGGAACAACCAUGUCAUCAACACCCCUCUCCAGACGAUGUACAUCAUGGCAGACCUGGGGCCCUCCGGAAAGCUUGGUUAUAAGGCAUAUGAACAUGUCCUCUGUACUCUGAAGGUGGACAGCAAUGGUGUGAUCACAGUAAAACCUGACUUCACUGGCCUCAAAGGACCCUACAGAAUCGAGACUGAGGGGGAGAAGCAGGAACUGUGGAAGUAUACGAUAGACAACGUGUCCUCCCUCGCACAGCCAGAGGAGGAGGAGCGGGAACAGCGCAUGUUCAAGGAUCUUUAUGGUCGGCACAAGGAGUAUCUCAGCAGCCUCGUGGGCACUGACUUUGAGAUGACCGUCCCAGGUGCCCUGCGACUCUUUGUAAAUGGAGAAGUAGUUUCAGCCCAAGGCUAUGAGUAUGAUAAUCUCUAUGUCCACUUCUUUGUGGAAUUACCAGCUACUAACUGGUCUAGCCCAGCCUUCCAGCAGCUCUCAGGAAUAACACAGACCUGUGCCACCAAGUCCAUAGGAAUGGACAAGGUGGCUUACUUCUCCUACCCAUUCACAUUUGAGGCCUCUUUCCUCCAUGAGGACGAAUCUGCUGAUGCUCUCCCAGAGUGGCCUGUGCUCUACUGCGAGGUCCUGUCCCUGGACUUCUGGCAGAGGUACCGCGUGGAAGGCUACGGGGCUGUGGUGCUGCCUGCCACCCCAGGCUCACACACCCUGACAAUCUCCACGUGGAGACCCAUGGAACUUGGCACAGUGGCUGAGCUGCGGAGGUUUUUCAUUGGUGGUUCUCUGGAACUGGAGGACCUCUCCUAUGUGCGGAUUCCCGGAACCUUCAAGGGGGAGCGGCUGAGCCGCUUCGGGCUCCGCACAGAGACCACUGGCAGCGUCACCUUCCGCUUGCACUGUCUGCAGCAGUCCAGGGCCUUCCUGGAGUCCAGUUCUCUCCGGAAAAGGAUGCGGAGUGUGUUGGACCGUCUGGAAGGAUUCAGCCAACAGAGCUCCAUUCACAAUGUACUGGAGGCCUUCCGCCGAGCCCGGCGCCGCAUGCAGGAGGCCCGGGAAAGCCUUCCCCAGGACUUAGUGAGCCCCUCGGGAACCGUGGUCUCCUAGCUCACUGCAGCCCUAGCCAUCCUGCAAGAGGGCAAGACGAGUGAUACCUCGGGUCGGUGUUCUUCCUCCUCCUCUUUCUUACUGGAGACCACAGAACCUGCCAAGACCCAGAGAGCACAGAAAAUCUUGGACCAGGCCCUCUCUCUAGUCUUUAGCAGGGUCUUCCUGCCACAUGGAAAUACACCAGGGCACCUGUUGCCCCCUUCAGGGAGGGAACCUAGGGUUCCCUCUUCAUAUUUCAGCUACUGCAAGUAGGGAUCACAAGGCAGAUUUUUUAGUUGAGACCAGUUCUGUGUAACUCUGUCGUUAGAAUGUCCUUGACACAGCCUCUCUUCUGGCUUGUCUCUGUCUCAAUAGCAGAAGCAGGGGUGCAGGUCCCUCCUGCCCCACAACUUGCUUUACAAAUGGAGGUUCAGGAAGAAGGAAGGUGAGAGAGAGCUUAAAUUCCUGGCCUGAGAAUCUCAGUCUCCUCUUUCCAUUAUAACCUCACCCUACAGCUUGGGACUUGAGAUACAACUAUUUCUGGAGUAAAUAAAGGCUGAAGGCAGUGCCCAGUCCUUUUGCUAGCUGGGUGGUAUUUUUUAUUUAUUUUUGGGGGGUACAUAAAUGGUUUUAUACCGACUGAUGUUCUGUUGGCUGUUUUUCUGCUCAGGUUGCUAGCAGCCAGGGUAUUCUUAAUGUCAGGGCUCCAGAGGCUGCCACCCUCCCCCUCUUCUACCAUUUCCUAAUCCAGAGUGUUUCUUCUUAUUCCCUGAGCUCAGUCCCCUACUGCAAGUGGGCAUCACAACAAUGCAGGGGAGAUUGAAGAUUGUGCCUGCUGUGUCUUAGCCGCGCGCCAUAACUUCUGGAGUAUGCCAUAAGACUGAGGUCACACCUUCCUCUGCCCAACACAGAAACCAGCCCCUGCACUCAGCAGUGCUUUAUUGGUAGAAGCUGAGCACACCGAGCAGCCUGCAGGCUCCAGAGGACGAUUAUGGUUAGUUAGAGACUGGGACUGUGUCUUGCAGUCACAGGCAGGAGUCAGGGACAGGCUGGGAAAUAGAAGAAAGUGGCCGGAAAGCCCUGAGAUGACUCUUAAUGCCUGGGCCUCAAGACCUUGCUUGGCUCACAAAUCCUGGCAUGUGGAGCUGAAGCGUGACCUGAUACCUAAGAGUCUUCCAAGGCAGGAGGAUUCACUGCUGUGGGUGUCACUCCCAGCCAACGAACCAGCCAGCAAAAACAUCAGCAGGGUACGGUUGCUUCCAGGGGAGAAGGGAGCCUUGUUUGUCUUCCCAGGUCCCCUUGUUUCCAAGGGCAGAGACUUGGGAUGGACUUCUGUGGAAAGAGCAGAAGUAAAGAACUCACUGGGCAUCCAGAAAUGGAACUUUUAGGGUGCUGAUGGCAAAGCUGAGGCUAACUGGCUACUUCCUAACCACCUCCCAGAGACCUAGGCCCUGAUGUUAACUAUCAGUCCAGAAGCUACCCCUCUCGAAAGUCCUAGGGAAGGGUGUCCUGCCCCAAGUGACAAGUUCUGUUUGUUCUGCUUAGGGGCCUCAAAGGUCACAGUUAUCCCAUAUCCAGGGGAGACUGGGAGGGCUUGGCCAGCCCAGGGCUGCUGGAGGAGGGCCUCCCCUUACCUGCAGAAGCCUCACCGGCCUCGCCAGGCUGACAGGUUCAACCUGGGGAUGUGGCUGCAGCUCACAAAACCGCGGGGGUAGAUGUUGGCCCUGAAUAUGUUCCUUGAAACAGUGGUGAUACCAGUAUUGUCACAUAUAAUUCGAGACAAGGAAAUCCGUCUCAGGGCCUUGCGCUGUCGCUUGGUGAAAACACCUCGUUUCUGCCACCAGAACCUACCAAGACAGUCAAGCUGUGGGUCAAGGUUGGGGAGGAAAACAUAGGAGCACUUGCAGUAUCAGGUACUUUAUGUGUGUUAUUUCAUUCAAGUCUCACGAAAUUCCUAAAAUUAGGUAUUAUCCCUGUUUUAUGAAUGAAGAAACCAGUUCAGGGGUCAAGUAAAAUUAUAUAGUUAGAGGCCCGGGAUGGACUUUGGUAAACACCGGGAUGGAUUUUGGUAAACACCGAAUCCCAAUAAGAAGGCAGGUCAUAAGCCACAAGCUUACUGUAUGGAAGCCAAAUUUAACCUUUUUUUUUUAAAUUUUAUUUUUGUGUAGAAGAACUGGGGUGUAGGCCACAGGUUUAGGGGUGGUGGUGAGAGGAUUCAUCAGAGACAGUGGGGGACAGAAUAGCCGCAUCCACUGAAAUACACUGCUGAGGGUCAUGUGGGCCAGACAGGAUAGGUCUGCUGUAGGAGUCAGCAGACUGUGUGGGUCAGUAACCUGGCUGGGCAUCAAAUUCAGGCCGUAGAGUUGAUAGUGCUGAGGCUUAACCCUUACACUACCAGGGAGGCCCCAGGUUUAGCCUUUUUGGAUCAUAUUAUCUGGGAACCAUGAGCCUGGGAUAGCAAGACUGACAAGUCUAGCUCAGGUUAAAUGUGUUAAAUGUUAAAUGUCAGCCUUGCCAAGGCAGUGGUCUCUCUGGCCAGGUUCUCCAGGGAGGACCCUCCUGGUCUUAGAUCCUGUGAGCUUAGAAGAAUGAAGCUAAAAAGAGCACUUUUGCCGUUAUUGAGUCUUGACACACUAGUGCUUCUCUGUCCUGCCCCGGGGUCACUCACCUGUCUCCACUUCGGACUUUUCUAAACUGGUGCUCAAAAAGACAAGCUAGAAGAGGCCCCACUCGGGCCCCUGGCAAUAAAGGCUCUGCAAUGGCCCCAACCCAGAUGUCAAUGUUGUCAGGUGUCCCGUACAGAUUCAGGAACUUCCUUGCCAAAUUAUGGUUUCUCAGGACUUGACUGAGCUGUGCCAGAUUCCGGGGCUGGGAAAGCCCACAGAAGCGCCUCCAAGCAUUGUACCCUGGAGGAGAAGGGGAAAAAGCAGUUCAGUCUUGUCCCUGUUGACUUCCCAUUAGCUCCUGUCCAUAGUGUUCCUGGUGGAGAACCAUGUGGUCAAGCAACAUUGGCUAAAACAAGCUCCCUGCUGACAGACGAGGCCCUGAACCUUCCAAAGAGCAAACCACUGCCUUCCAGUGACCAUGAGAGUGGACAGCUGUGCUUUCUGUGCAGCAAAUCAAGCAGCGGGUCCCCUAACAACUCAUCACCACAAUGACAUGACUAUAUUACAAUUAGGUACCAAUAAGACAGUACUCAGAACAUAAAAGACUCUUCAGGUUUGUAGAAUGAACAAACCAAUGAGCAAACAAGAAAUAAAAAGUGACUCAAAAAAAGGACACAUGCUGUAUUUAUGUGAAAGAUCCAGAAUAAGCAAAUAUAUAGAGACAGAAAAUAGAUUAGUGAAAAUAAGGGGGUUGCAAUUGUAUGGGGAAUAUAAAAAUAAAAAAGAAAAGAAAAUAGGUAAGUGGGUAUCAGGGACAAGGAUUCCUUUGUUAAUGAUAAAAAUGUUGUGAUUGAUGCACAACUCUAGAUAUACUAAAAUCAUUGAAUUGU